AAGCCCAAGAAGCUCCAAACUUAAUUCUACAUCCCUGGGUGCCGCAAGCCGACUUACUCGCCGACAACCGCCUGACGGCGUUCAUCACCCACGGCGGCGCCGGCAGCGUCAACGAGCCAUCGUCGUGCCCCUCUUUGCCGAUCAAUUCGCCAACGCGAAGCUGGUCGGCCGUGGGCAGCACGCUGGAGUACAACAAGUUCGAGCUGGGCGAUGCCGCCAAGUUGGAGUCGGCGAUACGGGAGCUGCUGGAUAAUGAAACGCUAACCAAAAAUGCGGAGCGGAUGGCCGCGAUUUUACGGCGGCGUACGGCCCGC